CAGUCCACAAUGUUGAACCUUCGGUUAUAUUUAAUUGCGUUCGCUUUCAUUGGAUUUAUUAUGUAGUAGGCACAUGAAUGGUGAUCGGUGCGGGCUUGAAAUCAGUUCUUCCGAGGGGUUCUGCUGCGUGUUCUUAAUUGCUCUUGCCGUUCAGUUAUGAAUUUCGGUGCUCCGUUACGAAGCAAAAUGGAUUUGGUAGCUGGUUACAAGGGGGUUGUUGGGCUUGUCUUUGGGAAUGAAAGUUCUGCUUCCAGUGAGGAUAGUAGCUAUGUAGAACGCUUGCUUGACCGUAUUAGCAAUGGUGCCUUAGCAGAGGACAGGCGUACUGCUAUUGCUGAACUUCAGUCUGUUGUAGCAGAAAGUCAUUCUGCUCAGCUAGCUUUUGGGGCAAUGGGCUUCCCAGUGCUUAUGGGCAUCUUGAAGGAAGAACGCGAUGAUGUAGAGAUGGUUCGGGGUGCCCUGGAAACUCUUGUAAGUGCCUUGACUCCAAUUGAUCGUACAUGGGGACCAAAGAAUGAAGUCCAAGCAGCUUUAAUGAACUCUGAUUUGCUUUCCAGAGAAGCAGAAGGCAUUUCUCUGCUUUUAAGUUUGCUGUCGGAGGAGGACUUUUAUGUUCGGUACUAUACACUUCAACUUUUGACAGCACUUCUUACAAAUUCUCCCAAUAGGCUACAAGAAGCAAUUCUUACCAUUCCUCGUGGAAUAACUCGUCUUAUGGAUAUGCUUAUGGAUCGUGAGGUUAUACGAAAUGAGGCUUUGUUACUUCUUACUCACUUGACCCGUGAGGCUGAGGAAAUUCAAAAAAUUGUUGUCUUUGAGGGUGCAUUUGAGAAGAUCUUUAGCAUUAUUAAAGAGGAAGGAGGUUCUGAAGGAGGUGUUGUUGUGCAGGACUGUCUUGAAUUGUUGAACAAUCUCAUUCGUAACAAUGGGUCUAAUCAGAUAUUACUGAGGGAAACUAUUGGUUUUGAACCUUUAAUAUCAAUUUUGAGGCUCCGUGGCAGUGCAUACAAUUUUACCCAACAAAAGGCUGUAAAUCUGCUUAGUGCAUUAGAAUCCAUUGAGUUGCUGCUGAUGGGAGGUCGGGAGGCUGAACCCGGAAAAGGUGCUGACUGGUUGACUAACCAAACGGUCUUGUGUCAGAAGGUCUUGGACUAUCUUCUAAUGUUGGGAGUUGAGAGCCAAUGGGCUGCAGUUGCUGUGCGCUGUGCGGCACUACGAUGUAUUGGUGAUUUGGUUGCUAGAAAUCCUCAAAAUCUUGACACCCUUGCAAGUAAAUUACUUGGAGAUGAACCAGAUGUUGAACCGGCCCUGAAUUCAAUCCUGCGGAUUCUUUUGCGUACUUCCAGCUUACAAGAGUUCAUAGCAGCUGACUACAUUUUCAAGUGCUUUUGUGAGACAAAUGCAGAUGGGCAAGCAAUGUUAGCAUCCACGAUGAUUCCUCAACCACAAUCAAUGACUCAUGCUCCUCUUGAGGAAGAUGUUAAGAUGUCAUUUGGAAGCAUGCUAUUACGUGGUCUUACUUUGACUGAGACUGAUGGAGAUCUUGAGACUUGUUGCAGAGCUGCUAGUGUUCUUACUCACAUACUGAAGGAUAAUAUCCAGUGCAAGGAACGGGUCUUGCAAAUUGAAAUUGAAGCACCAAUGUCAUCCAUAGGUUCCCCAGAGUCACUCAUGCACCUCAUAGUAAAGUAUUUGGUUCUUGCCGCCUCCUUGAGAAAGAAGGAAAAUGACCACAAAAACAAAAAAUCAACUUCAGUUGGGGACUCGUAUAUCCAACCCAUUAUCUUGCAACUGCUAGUCACUUGGCUUGCAGAUUGCCCAGAAGCAGUUCGUUCCUUUCUAGAUUCAAGGCCUCACCUCACAUUUCUGCUUGAACUGGUGUCAAGCCCAUCCGCUAGUGUGUGUGUAAGGGGUUUAGCAGCUGUUCUUUUAGGUGAAUGUGUUAUCUACAACAAAUUUGGUGACAGUGGCAAGGAUUCUUCUAUGGUGGUAGAUGCCAUCAGCCAGAAUAUAGGGCUGACCUCAUACUUUCUAAAGUUUGAUGAGAUGCAGAAAAGUUUCCUUUUUGCAUCGGUAAAGCCAGUCCAACAGCAUAAGUCACUGACUAGAUCUAAUGCUGCUAGUAUGGUGGAGAAUAAAGAAACUGAUGAGAUUGAUGGGACCAGUCAGAAGCAGGAUGAGCAUCCAAUUCUCAUAUCACUCUUUGAUGCUGAAUUUGUCAAUUUUGUUAAGAGGCUGGAGACACAUAUUAGAGACAGCAUUGUGAAAAUUUACAGUCACCCAAAGAACAGUGUAGUGGUGGUGCCAGCAGAGUUGGAACAGAAGAGUGGGGAGAGCGAUGGGGACUAUAUAAAACGGCUGAAGUCAUUUGUAGAAAAGCAGUGUAUUGAGAUGCAGGAUCUUCUUGGUCGGAAUGCAACUCUGGCCGAGGAGUUGAUGGAAGCUGGUGGAGGUGUUGCUUCCGGAUCUGAUCAGAGGGCUUCAAGUGGAGGCAGGGAGAGGGUCCAGACUGAGACCCUCCGCAGAGAUCUUCAGGAAGCAAAGCAAUGGGUUGAGAUGCUCAAGUCAGAAAAAGCUAAGAUUGAGGCUGAUGCGUCCAUGUAUUGCAACCUAGCUAGCAAGCUGGAAGCUGAUCUGAAGAGCCUUUCUGAUGCGUACAACAGUAUUGAACAGGCUAACUUUAGGUUGGAAUCGGAGGUAGAUACAUUGAGGAAAGGAGAACCAUACCCAGACGUUGAGGCCCUAAAGGCUCAGGCAAGGGAAGAAGCCCAGAAGGAGAGUGAGGCAGAAUUGAGUGAUCUGCUAGUUUGCCUUGGACAGGAACAGAGCAAGGUGGAGAAGCUAACACUAAGGUUGGAGGAGUUGGGGGAGGAUGUCGACUCACUCCUAGAUGGUAUUGGAGAUGACACUGGGGUACCAGAUGAUGGAGAAGAAGCGGACUGAUCAGACCUGUAUUUGCUUGCCUGUUUCAAACUUGUAAGUUCAAUUGUAUGGAUUGCUAGUGUCAACGAUAUACCUUUAUUUAUAGUGAAUCAUUCAUAUUAUUCCAUUGGUUGUAUAAAGCUACUGGAGAAGUAUGAAUGGGUAAAAUUAUUCCAUGGGUUUCUUGUCUUGGA